AUGUCGUUGACCGAUUCGGCCCCCGUGGAUGUGGCCCGCAGCGCAUCGCUCGCCUCGCGUCACCUAGCCACACUGUCAAACAGUGCUCGAAAUGAUGCGCUGACCGCAUUGCACCAAGCUUUGGAUAGGAACCGAGAUGCUAUCUUGGCGGCUAAUGCCCGGGAUCUUGAGGCAGCUACGAGGGCUGCCAAUGACGGCAGCCUCAAUCACAGUGUGCUGAAACGACUCGACCUUUCACGGCCCGGCAAAUAUGAUGACAUGCUACAAGGAAUUUUGAACGUUCGAGACUUGGAGGAUCCUGUUGGCAAAGUGACCCUACGAACUUUGUUGGAUGAGGGCUUGACCCUGGAGCGCGUGAGCUGCCCUAUCGGGGUCCUGUUGAUUAUCUUCGAGGCUCGUCCGGAGGUGAUCGCAAAUAUUGCUGCGCUAGCUAUCAAGUCGGGCAAUGCUGCCAUUUUGAAAGGUGGAAAGGAGUCCAUGGAAUCUUUCGUAGCCAUCGCAAAUGUGGUUUCGGAAGCCAUUGCUGGCUCUCAAGUGCCCGUAUCGUCGGUUCAACUUGUCAAGACCCGUGAUGUUGUUUCUUCCCUCCUUGCCCAGGACUCAUUCAUUGAUCUUGUCAUCCCCCGAGGAUCCAACGAAUUGGUUCGUUUUGUAAAGGAGAAUACCAAGAUUCCAGUCCUUGGCCACGCCGACGGUCUCUGUUCGGCCUACAUACACUCGGAUGCUAAGAUCGACACGGCGGUGAAGGUUGUGGUAGAUUCCAAAACGGACUACCCGGCGGCCUGCAAUGCGCUUGAGACUCUCCUUGUCAACGAGGAGGUCCUCGAGUCUGUUUUCCCGGCAGUAGCGGAGGCACUCCUGAACAAGGGUGUUUCCCUUCGCUGCGAUUCAGCCUCUAAGGCGGUCCUUUCGAAGACAUUAACCGCCGGUCAACUUGCCCAGGUUCAAUCGGCCACCGAGGCUGACUACGACACGGAAUUCCUAGAUUUGGUGCUGGCUGUCAAGACCAUCUCUGCAACCGGGUCUCCUGAAUCAGCCGUGGAGGCUGCUGUUGCGCACAUCAACACGCAUUCGUCCAAGCAUACUGAUAUCAUCUUGACCGAGUCACGCGAGCUGGCAAACUUGUUCAUGAACAGCAUUGAUAGCGCGGGAGUCUUUUGGAACGCAUCAUCCAGGUUUGCGGAUGGAAUGAGAUUUGGCUUUGGGACUGAAGUUGGCAUCAGCACCAACAAGAUCCAUUCCCGGGGUCCCGUUGGUCUGGAAGGUCUGACCAUCUAUAAAUACCUGAUUCGGGGCAACGGUCAUGGUGCGGGGGAUUACCAUGAUGGGGCAGGAGGUCGACAAUAUCUCCAUAAAAGCUUACCUCUCAGCGAUUAA